ACUCUCAGUCGUCGGGUCGGGUCUAACCCGGCCCGUGGCCGUGUAUAUACCCCCAAUACCAAAUUCUUGUAAUAAAAUAGUACACGAUGCAGCUCUUGAGCUUAACCCUGGCCCCACAAUCACAUCCACCGCCGCCGCCGGGGUUCAGAUUGUUUCCCAGCCUCGCCGCGCCGGAAAAGGGCCGCAAAUUCCAUCAAUUACUAGUCCUCCUCCUCACCUUCACCGCCUACGCCGCUUUCCACGCUUCCCGUAAACCCCCAAGCAUAGUCAAAUCCAUCCUCACAAAUCAAACCCUAGCCGCCAUUAAUGCAACUGCUAAUGAUCAAUUCACCCAGAACCCAGUUCAGAACGGGACCGGGUGGGCCCCAUUUGACGGCCCACGUGGCCCCCACCGCCUCGGCGAGCUCGAUCUCUCCUUCCUCUUGUCCUACGCCAUCGGCAUGUAUUUCCUGGGCCACAUUGCGGACACAGUCGAUCUCCGAAUUUUCCUGACCGUUGGAAUGGCGGGCAGUGGCAUUUUCGUAAUUCUCUUCGGGUUGGGGUAUUUUCUUGAUCUGCACUCUUUUGGUGUUUUCGUGUUCAUACAGUUGUUUUGUGGGUUGUUUCAGUCAAUGGGGUGGCCUUGUGUGGUGGCGGUUGUCGGAAACUGGUUCGGGAAGGCGAAGAGAGGUUUGAUCAUGGGUGUAUGGAAUUCUCAUACCUCAGUCGGUAACAUUAUCGGUUCCGUAGUUGCUUCCUCCGUUUUGGGCUUCGGAUGGGGUUGGUCUUUCCUUCUGCCGGGAUUCCUUAUCAUUUUCGUGUCGGGCUUCGUUUACUUGUUCCUUGUUGUUCAUCCCGAAAGUAUCGGGUUCGGGACAUUGUCCGAAAAGGACGUCGAGAUGAGCGUUGAAGGAGUAGCUUUAGUUGAUUCCGAGAAAAUCGAGACAGAAAAUAAUGGUGGAGUAGUGAUUGAAUCCGAGUACGACGAAGGUGGCUCGGUUGCCAUUGGUUUCUUCGAUGCGUGGAGAUUGCCGCACGUGGCGUCGUACGCUUUCUGCUUGUUCUUCUCGAAGCUCGUGGCCUACACGUUCUUGUAUUGGUUGCCGUUUUACAUUCGACACACAGCUGUAGCUGGAGUACAUUUAUCCCAUAAAAGAGCCGGGAUUCUCUCGACAAUCUUUGACAUCGGAGGGGUCCUAGGUGGAAUCUCGGCAGGUUAUAUUUCCGAUAUUAUCGAGGCUCGUGCGGUUACUUCACUUAUAUUCUUGUUUUUGUCGAUUCCAACACUCGUGUUAUAUCGCCUUUACGGAAGUAUAUCAACGGUGACAAACGUAGGAUUGAUGUUUUUUUCCGGUCUGCUUGUGAACGGGCCUUACUCACUAAUAACAACGGCAGUUGCUGCCGAUCUCGGCACGCAGGGCACGAUUAGCGGGAAUUCGCGUGCGUUAGCUACCGUCACUGCAAUUAUAGAUGGCACUGGCUCGGUCGGGGCGGCACUUGGUCCACUUUUGGCGGGAUAUAUUUCGACUAGGGGCUGGAAUAGUGUUUUCUUCAUGCUUAUUGUUUCGAUAUCGUUUGCUGGUUGUUUGUUGAUUCGUGUUGUGAGAAGCGAAAUUGUCGGGAAGCUAAGGGAAGGUAAAUGGCUUUGGUUCGGCAUAAUUAUGAACCACUGAGUCACCAUAUAUUUUUUUUAUAAUUAUUUUCUUUUGUACAAAUCGGAUGCAUUUUUGUAAAGCAUCGGUAUCUACAGCAGUGUUCUUCAGUAGCUGCUUUCCACGUGCGUGUGUUAAUAUAUCUUACUAGGCGAUUCGAUUCGAUGCUCUUUUGUCGAAGCGUAUGGAGAUUUGAUUUGAAAAUUUAUGAAAAUAUAGAUUCAUGUAUUCCACACUUGUAAAAUUACUUUUUUACCCUUUAAAUGUUGUAUCCGGCACUUGAAAAAUGAUGUAUACCGUGUUUUAAAUUUCCGACAUUUGUACCUAAUAAUCUAUUGGGUGUGAGUAAUUAUGUACUCUUGUCGUUUUGGUGUUCAGUCGUAUGUUUCUCUCCCGUAUUGGAAAAGAAUAUUGUAGUAACUCGGUUACGUGUCGUCUGCCUUUGCGUUGUUACAUAGUACAAAAGGUUUACGUGAUUGCUCGUGAUGAA